AUGACGCUCACAAAUGUCUUUGACGACAAGGAAUUCCCUGAAGAAUCAGAAGUGGAAGCAUCUUUCUCCAGGAAGUCGCUCAUCCUGAAGCUCAAGAAAAUGGUUAAGAUUAUGAGGAUGACUUUGAGCCUUUUGAUGAAGAAGACGAGCUUCCCGAGAAGAAGAAGAAGAAGGAACACAGCUUCGGCCAACCUCGAGGCCCUAACUGAGGAUUUGACUCCAUGGACGCCCAGCUACAGGUAUCAACCUGAUCAUGGCGACCUGGAUGAGUUGGACAGGGUGACGUUUCCUGGCCCUCUUAUGAGCAAUAAGAUGCAGAAAGAGGACCUGUUGGAGUUUAUAAAGUGCCAAGCAGAGCAGUGUCUCAGUCAGAUUAAAGAACCUGACGAAAUGCAGGACUACUUCCUUUGGCAGAUUAUGGACUUGUUCUGCCGCACUCGUGCUUUCUGUCCUCCCGAGUGGCCGAUGUUAGAAAUGUAUGAGGGCGUUCCUGCUACCAUCUGGGGUCUGGGAAUUCUGAUGUACGACGUGGUCUGUGGAGACUACCCCUUUAGAUUGAAGAUCGACCUUGAAUACGCUGACCUGGACUUAUGUCCUGGUGUGUCUCGAGAUUUCCUCGAUCUGAUGAUGUGGUGCCUGGAGCUCGAGCCUGCUUUGCGGCCGUCUUUCCAGGACAUCACCAGGCAUGAGUGGUUCACGGUGAUUGUGGUGGUGGUGGUGAUGGUGGUUGUGGUGGUGGUUAUGUUAGUGGUUGUGGUGGUUGAUGUGGUUGUGGUGGUGGUGAUGGUGCUUGUGGUGGUUAUGUUAGUGGUUGUGGUGGUGGUGGUGGUUAUGUUAGUGGUUGUUGAGGUGGUUGUGGUGGUGGUGGUGGUGGUGGUGGUGGUUGUGGUGGUUAUGACGCUGAUGGGGCCAAAUGAAGUAGAUCGGACAGUGCAUCUGAUGCAGUUUUCAGACUGUGAGACUGGAUUAGGUAUCAAAGUCAUUGGUGGUGUGAAGGAAGUAACAGGAGAGGAAUUUGGAGUUUAUGUGAAGAGGAUCUUACCAGGUGGCCUUGCCUCCACUGAUGGACAACUACAGCCUGGAGAUCAGAUCUUGGAGGUGAAUGGAGAAAGUUUGAUUGGUGUAACGAGUGAGAGAGCGGUGGAUAUUCUUAGAGCAGCUUCGUCCACAAACCACAUGCGUCUUCUGAUAGCGCGAGAUGAGGAAGCUCGGAAAGAAUUUGCCGAGCUGAUGGAGAAAUACGGCUCCAGCGGCAGCACUGGCUCCACGAGGAACUCCCCCAUUCAGCACAGUACGUCUCAUCUUUCUCUCGACAUGUCCCAUGUCCCUACUUUUAACCCUAUAGACAUUUUUUUUUCUUUUUUUUUAAAUUCAGCACAAUCGCAAAAAUUCACACAAUUUGAUAUGUUUGAUAUCAUGUCAAGUUUGGACAUUUUGGUUUCCUGUGUUAAAGCAGGCAGAUAUUUGGACAGCACGUCAUCAGGGUCUUCGUCCAGAUCCCAGAGUCCUCUGCUGCUUAGUCCAGCGUCGACUCAGAAUGCGUACAAUAACACGGGACAGCUACUGCGCUCUCUCAGGUAUCUCCAUCUCUCUCUCUCUCACACACACACACACACACACACACUGUUUCAUAUCGGUGAGAAAGUGUGUAUGCAUGCAUUAUUUUGUUUGUGUGUGUGUGUGUGCAGUCACCCAGGUGAAGGUGUGAUCCAGCUGAUCUCAGUGGUUCUCUCCGGCACUCUGGGUCUCUCAGUCAGCGGAGGUUCUAACAGACCAGACGGCCCGUCCGUGUUCAUACAGGAAGUGAUGUCAGGAGGAGACUGCCAUCGGGAUGGACGACUCCGAGCAGGAGAUCAGCUCAUCGCCAUUAACAAGGAGUCUCUGAUCGGAGUCACGCACGAGGAGGCCAAAAGCGCCAUCAACAGAGCGAAACUCAGCCGUGAGCCGAUGGUGGAAAUCGCCUUCAUCCCAGGGAAAGGCCAUUUCCCCUGCAGCACGUCGUUACACAGUGGAGUUCAGCGAGCCGGAGCGAACAGACACGGCAGGUUAAAAGUGCACGUCACCUCUCCUGAGGUUCGACCGGAGGACACGGCACCGUCGUCUUCUCCGGACAUCAGUCCCGCAGACAUUCACGCCUCAGCCUUGACCACACAGAGCAACGGUGCCACGUCCAAACCGAAGGUCUCGCUGGACCCCCACGUACGACUGCGAUCAGAGAAACUCGACCUGGCUCUGUCUUACCUCGGGCUGGACGUCACAGAGGAGAAGAGGAGAAGAAUCAGAGAGAGUUUGUCCACAGAUCCUCAAGGGACGGUGUCUUACGGGGAGUUUGUGGAGGCCACACGUAACGUGUGCCACGAUAAGCUGGAGGAGGCGGGGCUUGUGCAGGGACCCUUCAUGUUCUCCUAUCAUGAGGCGGCAAGUUUGAUGGACACGUCAGCCUUCCACUCACCUACGGGUGAAUCAGAGUGCAGCUACAGCAGUGAGGAGAUGGAGCCGUUUCAGACUGAGCUGAAGCAACGGCAAACACAGAUGCACCAGCUAAAGGGUUUACUGGAGGACACCGAGGACAGUAAAAAAUCUCAAGACGAGGAAAUUCAGAAAACCACAGAGAACUCCAAAACCACAGUGGAGGAUGAUGAGACGUUGAAGAGCAUGCUUCAGGAGGCUGAGGCUGCUCAGAUGCAGGCUAACAGUGCUGAACAGGACUAUGAGGAGGUGAUUCGGCUUCUGGAGGCCGAAAUCAAAGAUCUGAAGGAGCAACUCGCUGAAAAGAAACACACGAGUUUGCAGGUGACAAACGAGGACAUGAUGGAACUGAACAAGAGGCUUUCCAUUAUCGACAGUCAGCUACGAAAUUCUGAACUCAUGAGGAAACAUCUGGAAAUCUCCAAUAAAAAGCUGCUGGGCUUUGCUCAUAACGUUCAUAAAGUCCUCACCAGUGGCGGUUUCUCUGCGACGGAGAACGGCUCCACCCCUUUCGCCAGGUCGUCCCCGGCAACAGACAGUCCGGAAAUCUCAGACUCCACCCACCAGCUCAUAGCUGAGGCCAGAGAGCUCAUGGAGAGGGUGUGCUCCCUUUGUGCAGAUGAUCACAGUGAGUGCCUCACACACAAAACCAAAAUGAUGGGGUGGUGUGUUGCGACUCGAUGCAAAGCGGAGUUACCGUUACCACGCCGAAGAUGAUUAUCUUCCCAUAACGUCCGUGCUUUA